AGCUCCCCUUUCGGCUCCCGGGCGCGUCGAGUCCAUGUCCAUGGCGUGUCCGCUGCAAGUGGCCGUGAGAAUUCGACCACCACAACCACAUGAUGGGAAGUUGGGCAACGUGGUCUCGGUGCAAGCGCUGGAUGGCGUCACCUUGCAGGUGAACGAAGGCGACUGCCGGGCACUGGUCUAUGACCGAGUCUUCGGCCCCGAAGCUACUCAACAUGAAGUCUAUAGCGCUUGUGCCUCUGAUCUGGUGGACGCCGUGAUCGAGGGCACCAAUGCCUGCAUUUUUGCCUUUGGCUCUACUGGUGCAGGGAAGACGCACUCCAUGCUUGGCCCGGAGGGGGGCCGACGCAAGGCCACCCAGGACGGCAUCCUGCCGCGCGCCGCCGCCGAGCUCUUCCGGCGCAUUGCCCGGGUCGAGAGCGAGGCAAAGGCAGCCAUCGGCGCCGGGGGGUUCUCUGCCUAUGAGGUGAAGGUCUCCUUCUUGGAAGUCUAUUGCGAGAACGCCUUCGACCUCCUCAGCGGUCCCGUGAGCGCCUCGCGUGACCCCAGUGGCGCCUGUCCUCUUCGCGAGGCCUCGGACGGCCGGGUCUAUGCCGGUGGCGCCAAGGAGGAGAAGAUCAAGUCCUGCGAGCAGCUGCUGGAUGUGGUGGCUGCCGGUGCCCGCGCACGGGCCACGGCCGCCACGGGGGUCCAUGCGCAUUCCUCGCGGUCGCACGCGCUGCUGGUGAUCAGUCUGGAGCACCGCUGGCGCGACGUGGGAGAGACGGAUCCCACGAAGUACAAUACACAGGUCUCCCGGCUGACCUUGGUGGACCUGGCGGGUGCCGAAUCCAUGGAACGCGCGCAUGGCGGAGCCGUGGACGCGGCGGGGGUGGGCACCAACAUGGGCUUGCUGGUCUUGGGCCGCGUGAUCCGGGCCUUGGCGGAAGGCUCGGAGCGUGUCCCCUAUCGAGACUCCUCCUUGACCCGCCUCAUGCAAAGCUCUUUGGGGGGCAAAGCGAAAACGCAGAUGCUGGCAUGUGUGAGCCCUUCUCUGAGAGAAGCUGAUGUCACUCUACAGACUUUGAAGUAUGCCUCCAGUGCCCGCAGUGUCGUGCUGAAGCCCGAAGCGGCCAUGGUGGCGAGUGCCUUUGAGACCGAUCCCAUGUUGAUGGACGUGGAGGAUGAGGACCCGACCUUGAACCGCCGCUGCCUUUGGAUCGAGACCCCAGACUUCGGCGACGUCUUCGCGCGCUGCGUGGGCGAUCCCAAGGACCCCUUGAUCCUCUACGUUCAUGGCUCGGGCCCAUGCAACAGCUCCAUGUUCUGGAACAAGUUGGUGACUGACGUGGCCGCACUGGCAAGCUCAGGUGUGGGCGAUUUGCCGAAGAGUUUCUUCCAGGUGGCCAUCGAUUGUCCCGGCUACGGCCGCUCUCCAGGUGAUCGACAGAGCAUUCGUAGCUAUCCUGGAGCAUUGAUCUCCAAUAUCGUUCGAGCACUUGGGCGCAAGACUGUGGCAUGUUUAGUUGGAUCGAGCCAGGGCGCUUGUGCCACGUUGAACUGUGCCUUGGAGUGCCCCAAGUUGAUGCACACGAUCGCUGUGUGCCACCCCGUGGGUCAUGCUCCACACCGCUACGUGGCCAUCACCCAACCGAGUUUGCUGAUUUUUGACACCGAAGAUGCAGGGCAUCCAGUGUCUGUGGGACGGCAGAUGAGGAGACAACUUCCCAAUCCUAGAUAUUUCGAGUUCACCAGAUCAAAAGAUGGUGACUGGGAAGUCUUGCACAUGGGAGAAGAGAUGAUUGCCAUGAUGCUGGAGAGCUAUCAAAGUUGGAAAACUAAGCGCUUGGGUGGUCGGAGAGACAAAGACCUCCCGGACUUGACCCGAGUUGCUGGUGGAUUCAACUCUUGGAAUGAGAAGCAUGGCACUGAGUUUGACCCGUGGGGAGGUUAUGAUGAAGCUGAUGCGCCUGAAGCUGAUGAGGCGCCGGUGGAUGAAAACUGCUGGCGGGCGAAGUUGGACAAAUCCACCAACACCAUGGUCUACGAAAACGUGGUCAGUGGACGCAUUGCUCGGGUGAGGCCACCCGGCGCCCGCGUGCUGGUGGAACGUCUGGGACACAAGGAGAAGGAGUCCGGUGGCGUCAAAGUGGAUGGUGCAGAGGUUAAGGAUACCAAGGCGAGCGAAGAGAUGGCUAGGGCUGAAGUGGGGAAGCCUUUGAUCCCCUUAUUCGAGGGCAUGGAUGAGGAGGACGACGAAGAUGACGAGGAACGGCAAGAGCGCGAAGCCAAAGAAGCGGCAGCUCUUCUUCAGCAGGAGGCCACUCAGAGUCAGUGUGACUUUUGCCGAAAGCCUUUGAUCCAGCCCAUCCGCCUCAGCCGCUGUCGCUGCGCGCUCUGUGCCUGUUGCGUCGAAGUGACUGUACGCUACAUGCGCGAGUGCCCCGUGUGCGAGUCAGCUGUGGAUGUUAAGGCCGGGAAGGUGACCUCAGAUGCCUCCAAUGAGCUACUGGCUCAUGUGGAGGAUCGAGUGGCCCGGGCAGGUGAGGAGAUUGCGGAACAGCAGGGUGUGCUGCAGCAGUUGGUGGAUGCACGCCAAGCGUCCCAACGACUGGUCCUGCAGUAUGGGAACACUUCCUCUGGCCGAGGAAGCAAGAGAUCUUACACCACCUUUUUGAAAGUGGUCCAGGCCGAAGGUGGGCCUCCAGAGAAAGGUUCGGUCUUGAAAGUGGACUUCAACAUCAACCCUGGCUAUGCGAAGCCAACAGCAACAGCAAAGGAGCCGAACGACAAGUCCUUAGGAUUCGCCUUUGAGUAUGCCAUGGCAAGAGCCUAUCCAUGUCACAUGACUGUGCAUUUCAAGCCUGAACUGGGACUGCCCAAACUCAUCAUCGAGCACUAUGUCAGAGAUGAACCCAAAACGAGCCGUCGGAUUCUUAUUCAGCUUCCACAACCUCGCAUGCCACCUGCCGGUGCGCCACGCGUGACUGAGAAGCAGGUCACGUUUGAUGCUGAUCCGCCGCAGAACGCUUGGCUGGCCUUCCAAGCUGGGCGAAGUGCGCUAACUACUGCGCCGCAGAAUUUUGUCUCGCUCUUGACUGGCGCUCCAGCCACUGAGGCUGUCGGGCGCUCCGGCAGCCGCAAGAGCAGCAGGGCAAGCGCUGGGUCGCGAAGAGGGUAAGUCAUGGCAAUGAGAGGGUUGUGGGUUCUGAAAUCAUUUGACAUAUUUGACAGUGGG